AGCUGCUGGACGCUGCGCGCACUCUCCCGAGGCUACCCUAACACACACAUCGAUACUCCAAAUACAUCCACGCACGCACGGACCGAUACGCAUACACACCCAUGAAGAAGGGCCACGCGCGUAUGGCAUUUCGUUUAGCUUUCCCACGCCUUUUUGCAACAUGGCUUCUCUAUUAAGAGGACACGGCGGGAUGCGCACCUAAACAAGUGUCUCCUCUAGACUCAAGCUCCUUAAAUCGGACAUCGAAACAGACCAGAGGAGAUACAGCGCUUUUUUUCUCUCUUGUCACUUGGAUUGAUUGAUCUAGUCUACAAGCUUCCCCGCCCUUACCGUCUGCGAAGUGCCAAAAGUUGUGUGGACUACAUGGAUUUCUGAAGUGGCCGUCCCUCUCUCCCGCUUUUUAUUGUGUGUAACUGACUCGUCCCCAAAGCACCCAAGGGUGCGCUCCUCGUCAUUCACCUUGUUGACGCACCCCUGAAGAUUCAACGAGAGAAAGGGAGGGGGGGACAUAUAUCCCCAGCUCCGAGGGACAUACGCCACAUUGGACCGAUCUGAACAGAGCGCCCGUUUCCAGCGAGCGUCGUGAAUGAGACCCCCUCACCUGCCGCCACACCAACCAGGAGGAAUACGUGGCCAACUUUUGCCGUAGUGAUGCUGCAAGUGGAAAUGAUCCUCGCCGUCUGCCUGCUGCUGUGGAUGUGUGUUUUUAGCCAAGAGCCCAGUUCCAAAGUGGUGGCCGACCGCUACGCCGUCUUCUGGAACCGGACCAACGCCAAAUUUCAUCGUGGGGACUAUCAUAUCGAUGUGUGCAUAAAUGACUACUUGGAUGUUUACUGUCCGCACUACGCGGACUCAGUGCCCGAAGAGCGGACGGAACGCUACGUCCUCUACAUGGUCAACUACGACGGCUACAGCACCUGCGACCAGUCCUCCAAAGGCUUCAAGCGCUGGGAGUGCAACAGGCCACACUCGCCCAAUGGGCCACUCAAGUUCUCGGAGAAAUUCCAGCUCUUCACCCCAUUCUCUCUGGGCUUUGAGUUCAGACCGGGAAGAGAAUAUUACUACAUCUCCUCCACCGUUGCUGAAAAUGGGAAGAAAACCUGCCUGAAGCUGAAAGUUUUCGUCCGACCAUCAAACAGCUGUGUGAGAACUAUAGGUGUACAUGACCGUGUUUUUGAUGUAAACGACAAAGUAGACAAUACGUUAGAACCACGAGACGACACGAGCCAUGAACCGGCCGAGCCAUCACGAAGUGAGGAGACAAACGCUGCAUCGCACCUGCCUGCAUCCAGUCGACUUGUGGCUUCACUUCUUCUCUGCCUGGCAGCACAUUUCACCUUAUAGCGCCCCCACCUGUCCCAGAGGGGCAAUUUAUACCCAGCGUGGCCUGAAUCUGCCCGAGGUUGCGGCGAAAAGGGGCGGAUUUUGAGGGUGGAGCUUGUUUUGCUUGAUUGGGGCAUCCUUGCAGGCUUCCCAAGGAAUCCCUCUAUUUUUUGUUUUUCCCCAGACAAAGUUUGAAGUGUCUCACCAGUUCUUAUUGGGGAAAAAUGCAGGGGUGAAAACCACCACUUGCAAACCUAAGAUGCCAAAUCUUUUUUGUCCAGACACUUAGUGAUCCUGACUUUCCUGUGACAGCGCUUUACAUCAUUUUUAACCAUUGCAGCACACAAAAAUGCAGUUAACAUACAAACAAACAGACAUGCAUGAAAACACAUGCUUCACAAAUCUUCAAUGUUUUGUUCCUCUUACCAUGUUGUGUUCAGUAGCAGCAUUUACAAAUUAGGAAAGUGAAGACUGUAGACUCUUAGGAACGAAUGUACAUAAACGUGUAGGUGUCUCUCAGUUGUGUUGGCAUCAAGUUCUGCUUGGUGCAUAUUUUUUAUGUUUAACCUAGCAGGUCAAAACAAUGAAGAUGAAGGGAAAGAACUGUGAGUUUGGGAGCCCCAGCACUGGAAAAAAUGUACACAGCCUGCACCUUAACCUACUGAUGUCCAGUUGUUUCCUUAUUAUUUAAUAGUAACAGCCAACUUUUCAUAGGAGGAUAAGCUACUGUAUAUACAUGACCAGGGGUGUGCAUUUGACUAAAUACCCAUGAUUGACGUUGGGGGUGGAGAAUUUACCAAUUAAGUAAUUUUGAUUUUUUUUUUCUUUAAAUACAAUUUACUUGCAGCAUAUUCUACAAUCCUGUUUCCAUGCCUGUGCUCCGCACAGAAUAUUACCCUGAAUACCACCUCACUUCCGUCAAGAAGUGAUUAAUCAUCAAUCAAUUCCAAACAUUGGACAAAUUUCUUGGCCAUCAAUCGACUAAUGGAUUUUCCGUGCCCAUCUCUAGUGAAAUAGAAAAUGUUGUGGUUUUACUGAGUAUAAGACAACAGAGAGCUGUUGACUCCUAGCAGGCACUUUGGGGGCCGCUACUAGAUGGAGGAUCGAUGUCUUUUAGGAGUCGCAAUUUCACGGCAACAGUCACACUCAUUUUAAAUUUACUGAGCUGGACAAAGAACUAUUCUCUUUGCUCCAUCCACUUAUGCUAUACUGUGUGUUCACAUCCAAAUCUGAAAUUGUUGGAAUCUAAAGCACCCUUACAUUGUAGUAUGUAUGUACUUCGAUAUUGUAAUUGGUUAAAUAUUAGUAAGCAGGUUCUGAAAUAAACUAAUCUUAGUUACAGCACUGAUGCAUUUUGGCUUUAAAAACAUUAUAUAGCACUUACAAUCAGGGUUGUUGUCCCUGUGUGUAUAUUGACAUUCAGCAUUAGUCGGCCUCAUCAAAGACAAACAAAAAUAAGAAAGUAAAUGUCCAACCAUGGAUCCUUAUGUUACUGGUUUAAGUGACUAAUGAGGUUCAAAAUGACAGGCAUGCCUGCCCCAUGUUGCGGCAAAGGGAGGUAUUUCUGGUAUUAAAAAUAGACGGUUGAAGGCUUGAAGGAAGGAUCCGUCUCAGGAGGAGGGGUGUAGAUCUCAUGUGUGUGUGUGUGUUGGGGGGGGGUUAAGGCACUAGUGACCUUGCUGUUUGAGGGAAGUGGUGAGUGACGGAAAUGGAAUUCCAAGGGAAGGCUUUGGAAAUGUGAGGUAGCUGAAGGUAGUAGCAGUGAUAAUAGUGCUUGACAUAAAAGUACAAUGUCAUUUUAUCAUUUAUAUCUGGGCCACACGGAAGAAUCAAAGUAUACACAAAACAAACUAUCAAGUCAUAAUUUCGCAAGAAAAAUAAGUAUGAAGUACGUAUCAAAAUCUAAAAUGUGCUUUUUAUGGAAAAUGGCCAAGAGUGUAAAAUUGUUUGACACAUGCCGAUAAUAAUCAGACUUUCUUCUCAUUAGAUGACAAUUUACCCCUCUAUAUAGUAUAUUUUUUAUCUCAAUACUUUUUCUGGGAGGUUGGACAUGAUGUAAUUCUGGGAACUUUUUACACCGUAAUGUUAUUUCAUUCUGGAGGUUUGUUUAUUUGCACUCUGGCCUGUAUACCUUCUAAAAGAUGUCUUAUAUUGGGUUGUUUUUAUGUUUCACGUGUAUCUGCCGUUGUACCCGAUUGAAGAUUAUAUUUUUAAUUAACUAUGCUAAAAUUGUGCUUGCAACUCAGCUGUUCUAGGAGUUCAGGUCAGUGAAUGAUGUGUUAAUGUUACAAUGGACAAGGUCCUUUUUAUUUUUGUUUGAAAACCAGCUUCAAGUUGACCCUCUUUUGUGAUUACCAAUACAACUUUCCGUCAUUCUUUUUGUUUUUGUUUUUUAGUUUGCCUCCAUCCUAUUUUAUGGCAUACUUCAGCCUAACCUGGGAAAUGAGGAUCAACUUAAAAACUGGAUACUGUGUAUCCUGAGGUAGUCAACCAUCAAACACAUGUAGUGGUAGGUUAUAGCAUCUGUUUUGUACCUUCUGGAGAACAAAAGUAAAGAAAAAAAAGGUCAUUGUUAAAACUGUAUGAUUAUUACUGUUAUGAUGAUGAUUAAAACUAUUAUUAUUAUUAGGGAAGAUUCCUUCUUGUAAAUAGUGUUUGAUAUUAAAGUAUUGAUUUGGUUCUUAUGUCUUUUCUAAAAAAAGAAAAAAAAAAGAAAAAAAAUUAUAUGCUAAUAUCUCUGGGUUUUGCUGAGUGCUUUCAAACAAUACAUUGGGCGCUGCGAUCCUCGAUGCCUAAUGAAGCUACAAGCUAAUAUGUUAUACUUGGAGCUGUACACACCAGUGGACAGAAGACAGCCUUUGCCAUCCCAUCAUGCGAGGAUCUUUGGGACUUAACUUCCUUGGACAUUUUGUUUGUUUGUUUGUUUGUUUUUUGCAUUCAGUGUGGGAAAGCAUGAGAUAGAACUGGACGGCGUCUGGGAGGAACUUGCUGGUUUCAUGAUUUGGCAUGCGCAUGAACUUAAUGACGUAAGAAAAAAAAAGUAGUUUUUAAAAGUUUUUUGGGGGGGGUUGCCUUGUUUUCCUUACAGUGUGUUAGAUUUUCAGCUCAAAUUCACAUUGUGCAUUUUAAUUUGCAUCUCUGAUCCGAGUGAUGUCAUGGAGCCUUGUAGUGACAAGAUAACAAAAGUGCUGUACAAAACACCAAACAUUGUUGUGUAGUUGCAGUGUGGCUCGGCCAUGUUGUUGUCGUCUUUUCUCUUUCUGAUGACUUAAUCCUAUGUACUUGCUGCCUGUGACCCUCAGAGGAACACAUACAUAGGGAGAGCAUACGUGUAAAGGGUUGUCAAUCUGACAAAAAUAUGUUUGAGCGAUUUGAAUUUGGUAAGUGUGUAUCUCAUGUGGUGCUGCCGCCAUAAAUGGGAAGCGACAACCCUCUUUUUGGCAGCCAAUAGUGUUUCCCAUGCCUUAGACGCUCUCCACCAUUGUGCUUUGACUCGUCAACAAAACAGGGCCUUUCACUUCUCCUUUCCCUCUUUUUAAAACCCUUGACCCCUCAUUCAUUUGUGAUGGUCUUGAUGUCGCUCCUGAGUACCAUGGAAGAACUAGUGCAGCCCCUACCUGCAAACAACAGGGGUGGAGGUAUAUCGUGGAUCCAGGUUCUGUGGCCGUCAUUCAAGUUUCUUGUGAUUGUGUCGCAUACAUCACUUCACACGCUGUCCUUCUUCUUUGUACCCUGCGCUCAAUUUGUCAUCAGUGGAGUAAGAUUUCCAAACUUGCUCUUUUACAGUAUAUAAACAAUGAAAAAAGCCAACAAAAAAUGAUCUGUAUUUGUAUAUACACGUGUCUGAGCAUCUAUGAGUAAUACAAUAAAACAGAAAAA